ACGGUCUCACUGCCAAUUUCGCUCGCGAGUGAGGUCCAUAACCAAAAUCCUGGUUAUCUUCCGCCUCUACUAACCCGAGCCAUCCCCGGCGAUGUCCUCCGUCUAUAAACCAAACGGCCUUCAUUCAUCCGAUGGAGUUGCCGCCGGCUCCGGCGAUGGCGACGGCACCUCCAUCGCACCUCCCUACAUUCUCCGCGAAACCCUAAGGGGACACAAGCGCGCGAUCUCAUCCGUUAAAUUCUCUCCCGACGGUGCCCUAAUCGUCUCCGCCUCGGCCGACAAAACCCUCCGUGUUUGGUCCUCUACAUACUUUUCCCUCCACGAGGAACUUGUCGGGCACGACGAGGGCAUCUCCGAUGUGUCCUUCUCGUCCGAUUCACGCUACGUUUGCUCGGCCUCCGAUGACCGCACCGUUCGCAUAUGGGACGUCGAGACCGGCGUUCAAAUAAAAACCCUAACCGGUCACACCAACUACAUAUUUUGCUGCUGCUACAAUCCGCAGUCCAAUAUGAUCGCUUCCGGCUCAUUUGACGAGACCGUUCGAGUCUGGGACGUGAAGUCGGGGAAGUGUCUUCGUGUUCUUCCAGCUCAUUCGGAGCCGGUCACUUCCGUCGACUUUAAUCGGGAUGGAUCUCUUAUUGUUUCUGGCAGCUUUGAUGGGCUCUGCCGGAUCUGGGACUCGGCUACUGGACAUUGCAUAAAGACUAUUAUCGAUGAUGAUAGCCCUCCGGUUUCAUUUGUGAAAUUCUCGCCUAAUGGGAAGUUUGUCCUUGCUGCUACGCUGGAUAGCACGCUG